AUGCUGGACAAGAUCCGCUCAGUGGUCACCCGCUCAUCCCGCAAUGCUCCUCCAUCAGCUGGAUUGUCCAAAGACGCCUCGCAACCUGGCGUAGGACGAGAGGUUCACAAUGGCUCCGACACAGACCUUGAGCACACUCUAUCGCAGAGUAAACGCCAAAUCGGCACCUUCUCGGCCUUCUUCCUCGUCUUCAAUCGAAUGGUCGGCACUGGCAUCUUCGCCACCCCCAGCACCAUCUUCUCCCUAUCCGGCAGCGUCGGCCUGACCCUCUUCAUCUGGGUCGCGGGCAUGAUCAUCGCCGGCGCCGGCAUGGCCGUGUACUUGGAGUUUGGCACCGGCAUCCCGCGAAACGGCGGCGAAAAGAACUACCUCGAAUUUGUCUACCGCCGGCCCAAGUACCUGGCCACCGGCUUCUACACGGGAUACGUCAUUCUACUGGGCUGGGCCGGUUCCAAUUCCGUCAUCUUCGGAGAGUACAUUCUCCACGCAGCCCAGGUCGAGGUCAACCGAUGGAAUCAACGAGGCGUGGGGUUGGCCUGCAUUACCGCCGCCUUUCUCAUUCACGGUUGCGCGCUGAAAUGGGGCCUGCGCCUGCAGAAUUUCCUGGGCUGCAUCAAGCUCAUCAUCGUGCUUAUCAUUAUCGUCGCGGGCUGGGCUGCUCUGGGCGGUGCGCUCAAGAUCGACAAACCGCAUAACUUCGACAAUGCCUUUGAGGGAACUACAGGUAGCGCGUAUGGCGUCGUGACGGCCUUGUACAACGUCAUUUGGUCGUAUAUCGGCUAUAGCAAUGCCAAUUACGCCCUCAGCGAGACCAAGAAUCCCGUUCGAACCAUCAGGAUUGCAGGACCAGCCGCGUUGAUUUCGGUGGCGGUCAUCUACAUGCUGUGCAAUAUCUCAUACUUUGCAGCCGUGCCCAAAGAGGAGAUCAUCUCGUCGGGACGAAUCCUGGCGGCAUCGUUCUUCCGCAACGUGUUUGGAGGCAGUGCCGAACGAGCGCUGUCGGUCUUUGUGGCGCUGUCAGCAUUUGGCAACGUUCUAAGUGUCAUUUUUUCCCAAGGUCGACUUGUCCAGGAACUUGGCCGUGAAGGCAUCCUGCCAUUCUCGCGCCUCUGGGCCAGCAAUAAGCCCUUCAACGCCCCUCUGGCCGGUCUCUUCGAGCACUGGCUCGUGUCAGUCAUCAUCAUGCUGGCCCCACCUCCCGGAGACGCCUACAAUUUCAUUUUGAAUGUCAUCUCCUACCCGCUCUCGAUCGUCAACGCCUUCGUGGCCGCCGGGCUCCUCAUUCUGUACGCCAACCCGACCAAAUGGGGAUGGGCACCACCAUUCCGCGCCAGCUGGCCGGUGGCACUCCUCUUCCUGCUCAGCAACAUCUACCUCGUCGCCGCGCCGUUUGUGCCGCCCACCCACGGCCAGAACGUGUACAACGACCUGCCCUACUACCUGCACUGCGUGGUCGGCAUCGGCAUCAUCGCCGCCGGCGGAGUCUACUGGCUCGUCUGGGCCGUGCUGCUGCCGCGCAUCGGCAAGUACGAACUAGUGCGCACCACGCAAAUCAGCGAUUUCGACGGCUGGGAGAGAAGUGUGUUUUCGCGCAGGAAGUUGACCAAGUCCACACCCGCGAACCUGGACGUCGACCCGGAUGCGAAUGGGUCGGAGAAGACUGGUCGGAGGUUGACUAUGGUCUCGACUUGA